CCGCCCCGCGCCGGAAGUUCCGGUGGCGAAUCGCCCGACCGGGCCGAGCGGAUCGCGGCGCGGGGUGCGGGUGAGGGGCGGCCGGGCGCGGAGCCCGGGAGCGGAACCCAGUCCGUGCCGCGCGGCGCCAUGAAGGGCAAGGAGGAGAAGGAGGGUGGCGCGCGUCUAGGCGCCGGCGGCGGCAGCCCAGAGAAGAGUCCGAGCGCGCAGGAGCUCAAGGAACAGGGCAACCGGCUCUUCGUGGGCCGCAAGUACCCGGAGGCGGCGGCCUGCUACGGCCGCGCCAUCACUCGGAACCCCCUGGUGGCAGUGUACUAUACCAACCGGGCCCUGUGCUACCUGAAGAUGCAGCAGCCAGAGCAGGCUCUGGCCGACUGUCGGCGAGCCCUGGAGCUGGAUGGGCAGUCUGUGAAGGCACACUUCUUUCUGGGUCAGUGCCAGCUGGAGAUGGAGAGCUACGACGAGGCCAUUGCCAAUCUGCAGCGAGCUUACAGCUUGGCCAAGGAGCAGCGGCUCAACUUUGGGGAUGACAUCCCUAGUGCUCUGCGCAUCGCCAAGAAGAAACGCUGGAAUAGCAUUGAGGAGCGGCGCAUCCACCAGGAGAGCGAGCUGCAUGCCUACCUCUCACGGCUCAUCACUGCAGAGCGCGAGAGGGAGCUGGAGGAGUGUCAGCGGAACCAUGAAGGUGAUGAGGAUGACGGCCACGUCCGUGCCCAGCAAGCCUGCAUCGAGGCCAAGCACGUGAGGGUGCCCCUGGCCCAUGUGUGUGUGUUGGAGUGUGUGUGUGAGACAGAGGGGUACCCCCGACUGAUGUUGGGUUAUGUGCCUGCGUGUGGCCCACACAUGCUCCACUCUUCACAGGACAAAUACAUGGCGGACAUGGAUGAGCUCUUCUCUCAGGUAGACGAGAAGAGAAAGAAACGAGACAUCCCUGACUACCUGUGUGGAAAGAUCAGCUUUGAGCUGAUGCGGGAACCCUGCAUCACGCCAAGUGGCAUCACUUAUGACCGCAAAGACAUUGAGGAGCAUCUGCAGCGUGUGGGCCAUUUUGACCCUGUGACUCGGAGCCCCCUGACCCAGGAACAGCUCAUCCCCAACCUGGCCAUGAAGGAAGUCAUCGAUGCAUUCAUCUCUGAGAACGGCUGGGUGGAGGACUACUGAGGACCUCGCCCCAGAGGGUCCUGAGGCAGAAGCCCCAGAACCUGUACAUAGUUUGUGUCUCUGGGCCCAUCCCCAUCAGUUCUGCUAGUGGGCUCUGGACUGCUCCCUCUUUCAGCAUAGCCCUUGCUGGGCCAUGAGCCUUCCCUGUCCCUUUCUGGGCAGGAAAAGCAGGUGAGGGUGGGCUGGGCUGAGGCCCCUGCUGCUGCCACUGUCUCUGUAAUAAAAUCUGUGAGCACUA